AUGGUGGGGUGGCUGGCGGCGUCUGCUGCUGGGCUGGCCUCUUCCAGUGGUGCAGGUCGGUACGGCGACGCGGGGCUCCCCCUAGCGGUCCCGGCGUGUGGAUGUGGGCUGCCACGGUGUGGUGGUGGCUCAUGGCGGUGGUUUGGGUCGUUCAAGGCGGCGGCUGGAAAUCUCCGGUGUCGGCCGUCGGUGUGCGGCCUGUGCCGACCUUCGAUUCUUCUUCUUGGUCAUUCGUCUGCUACCUUCGUCGAUGAGUCUGCUUUAGCAACUGCCAUUAGCAAUCAUCCGAGCAAUCCUAGGAUCAGUUUGCAGUUGGUGGAUUAUACUUUUGAUGGUGAUGAGAUCACGCAUGAUAAAAAUGAACAAGAUGAGGUUGUGGAGGAAGACCGAGUUGGAUACUUGAAGAAGCUACUUAUGUCUUGUGCUAGAGCUGUGGAUGAGAAGGACAGCUUGGCAAUCGAUAUGACGGUUCCGGAGUUGGGGGAAAAUGUUUCAGUAUCUGGCAAGCCACUCCAGAUACUUGGAGAGUACAUGGUUGAAGGGCUUGUUGCCAGACUUGCCUCCUCCGGCCAUUCAAUCUACAAAGCUUUGAAGUGGCAAAAGCCAAAUGGCUCUGAAAUGAUAUCCUACCAGCGUGAAUUGUAUGCCGUCUGCCCCUACUUAAAGUUCGGCUACGUGUCGGCAAACGGUGCAAUUGCAGAGGCCGUCAGAGGAGAAGAUAUGAUUCACAUAAUUGACUUCCGUAUCUCUCAAGGUGUUCAAUGGAUUUCUCUCAUCCAGGCUCUUGCGGCCAGGCCUGGUGGACCACCAACUGUAAGGAUCACAUGCAUUGAUGAUUCUGAAUCAGCUUACGUGCGAGGAGGCGGGCUAGAGAUACUCGGGAAUACUUUGUCAGACAUUGCUCGCGAGUUCGGGUUGCCCUUUGAAUUCCAUGCACUAGAUAUCUCUGUCAGCGAAGUGGAAGAAGGGCAUCUUGGAGUCAUCCCUGGGGAAGCUGUGGCAGUGAACUUCAACCUGACACUGCACCAGAUUCCUGAUGAGAGCGUGAGCGCGGCCAACCACCGCGACCGGAUCCUUAGGCUGGUGAAGCAGUUGUCGCCCAAGGUGGUCACCAUUGUGGAGCAGGAACUCAACACGAACACAGGCCCCUUCACGCAGAGGUUCGCGGAGACACUCGACUACUACACCGCCAUUUUCGAGUCCAUCGACGUGGAGCGCCCAAGGGAACCGAAGGAGAGGACCAAAAUGGAGCAGCACUGCCUGGCGAGGAAGAUUGUGAACAUCGUCGCCUGCGAGGGUGCGGAGAGGGUGGAGCGGCACGAGGUCUUCAGCAAGUGGAAUGCGCGCCUCACGAUGGCCGGGUUCAGACCGUUGCCACUGGGCUCCCGGGUGAAAGACAACCUCAGGACGCUGCUGCACUACUACUCGUCGAACUACAGGCUCGCCGAGAGGGACGGGGUGAUAUACCUCGGAUGGAAGAAUAGGGCCCUCGUGGUAUCGUCUGCAUGGCACUAG